AUGGCAGCAAGGCAAUUCUAUCUCUGCGGUCAGUAUGAGUCGUUUGUAUGCACGGUCGACGUGGGAAGCAAGCUCGAUCUGGACACCAUACGGAAGAAGGUCGCAUCUCAUUUCGCAAUUAUCGAGCCACAAGGGAUAUCGUUUCAUAUCGAUAACAAGUACCUGGACUCUACGAAAGAUAUCCUCGCAGCAAACGCGCCAAUAGGCAUAUUAGUAGAUGGCGAAACAGUCCGUGAUGUUCCGGGACCCAAGGGACUCCCUCUACUUGGGAGCCACUGUGAAGUAUACCCUGACCAUAUUGGCAACCAUCAACGCCUUUUCGAACUUUAUGGGCCACUGUUCCAGACAACAGUCAUGAGCCGGGUUGUUUACCAUACCAAUGACCCAGUCCUAACUGCUCAUGCGUUUGCUGAAACCGAGUUCUUCACCAAGGACAUCAAUCAUGCGCAUCCGCUAUAUGGAGUGAAAAGUGCGCAUGCGGGAAUCUUUCUCACCAACACAGCCACCAAAGAGUGGAAAGAAGGCCAUAAGUUUAUUGUACCUGCAUUCAGUCCCAAGGCAAUUACAGCCUAUACCCCGCGCAUGGAGGCGGUUGUGCGGACUUCCUUUCGGAUAUUCGACGAGCUUGACCUAUCCAACCAAGCAUGGAAUGCGUAUAGCUUCAUGCUGAAACUUUCCUCGCAGUUAGUCGGAGAGCUAAUAAUUGGUGCUGAUUUUGGCCACUUUGAGCGGGUUGAAUCACCCAUCCAUGACAUUCCUAAGGCUAUCGUCAAACUGCUGGGGUUGAACAAGAAAGUCACAUCAUGGGGAGAUUGGUAUACCUGGCUACCAUUUGGUGAUCCAAAGCGUCUGCGAGAUACGUGGCAUUUAGUAGGGUCUCUAGUUGGAGAGUCUGUCAAGAAGGCAUCCAUUGGGGAAGGGCCUGUCUCUAUUCAGGAGGCAGGUGUGAAAACGAAGAGUCUCGCAGACUACCUGUUUCGUGCCAGGGACAGCAAGGGCAACAAGUUGAGCGACGAGAGUCGAAACCCGGCGCUCAUUGUGGCACUAACAGCAGGGUUCGUAACGACGAGCUCCCUACUUUCCUGGCUCAUCUACGGUCUGGUAACGUACCCGGGAGUCCAGGAAAAGCUCCUGCAAGAGCUAAUCAACAACAACAUGACCGAGAAUUCCGAAGUAACUGGCGAAUUUAUAGGAAAACUAACAUAUCUGGAUAAAUUUGUCAAGGAGACUCAACGACGCCAUACCACAUCGUUCCAGCCCGCUAGAACGGCCCGCAAAGACGUUAUCCUUCCUGGGGGGUAUCGGGUCCCCAAGGACAGCGUGGUUAUCUCAGAAAUCCAUCAUAUCCACAAUAAUCCGGCUAUUUGGGAUAAUCCGACUCAGUUUUGGACUGAAAGGUGGGAUACGGAAAGGGUGAAGAAUCGACACCGCGGAGCCUAUAUUCCUUUUGCUAUGGGGCCCCGGAUGUGUGUGGCGACAAACUUCGUUGCUCGCGAGGUGAAAGUGUUUAUCGCCAUGCUAGUGUAUCGGUAUGAAUUUUUCAGAGAAGGCAAUGAUCGGAUCGAAUAUGAUUCCAUGUUCCAAACCAUCAAGCCCAGCAAUCUCUAUGUGCGGGCCCGGAGAAGGUCGCAUAAUUGAGGCCUGGGCUGGCACGCCAGAUUGUUUCCAGGUUAUUUAUUUUGAUUUAGUUAUCAGGAAGACCAAUUUUUAUCACCAUUGCACCUUUCAAUCUGCACUAUUACUUCCCACCUUGCUACUUCUCUAAGGACGGAAAUAUAUGGUAGCCGAUAGUUUUC